AGAGUGAUUGGACACGUCCUCGAUCAGCCAGGUCCUCGAUCAAAAUUUUGUUUUUUGUAUCUUUUAUAAAUAAACUUGAUAAAACACAAACUUUCUUUGCUUUGUUUUUCCAACACAUGUAAGUACUUUACUAACCUCCCACUGAAGAGUAUUUAUGUGGGGUCAAAGUUCAUGUAGCAGACGAUUCUAAAAACAAUGGCGAAGUGAAAGUAGACACUACCCAAUAAAAAAGUAAGUGCACAUUUUCACCUUAGCUCUAAUAUUUUUACAAAAUAUAUAAAAAUGACAAAAAAUAACUAAUUUUGAUAAUUAUACAAAAAUUUUAUUCUACAAAUUAAAAUUAAGUAAGUUUUUUGCUGUUUUCCCAGGAAGGGGGUGGGUCGAUUUCCUACAGUAAUCUAGGUCAGGGAUCAGCCAUUGAGAAAAGAUGCUAAACAUAUGCAUAUUUUAUCUAAAAUAUAUUUUUUCAGCUUUUCUACGAAUAAUUAGAUAUUUUUGACAUUUUCUCCAUUAUAUCAAAGGUAAAAAAGUAAUAAAUUAAAGGAUAGAUAAACAUAUAGGUUAGAAACCACUAUAUUUUACUGUUUUUUUUCCUUUGGUUAACACCACUAUAUUUUUUCCCCCUUGGUGACACUCCACAAUAUAUUUUCAGCAAUGCCUAGGUCUCAGAGGACCCACCCAGAUCAAAUAUAUAGUGAGGCAAAACGUCUUGUGACCCAGGGCUAUAGUAUACGUAAAGCAGCUGCUGAAUUAGGCCUUCCUUACACCACUGUACAGAACCAUAUCAAUGGGAAAUACAAGGGAUAUAUUACAAAAUUUGGGGAAGAAUGUAUGUUAAAGCCUGUGGAUGAACAAAUUCUUAUUAAUUAUGCAACAUUCAUGGCAUCAAGAGGCUGUCCGCUUUCUAGAUUAUCUCUAAAAAGUGUUGCAAGAGAGAUUAUUGUCAGUCGUGGAGGUGAUAAGCGCAUGGAUCCCAGUAAAGGACCAUCAGAAAGAUGGGUGACACGCUUUCUGAAAAACCACCGUGAGCUUAGGUUAAGAGUUGCCCAUCCUCUUGAACAUGCCAGGGCAAUUAUUACUCAAGAUGUGGUUGAUGAAUACUUCAACUUAUUAGAGAAGUGUCUCGAUGAAGGGCAUCUAAUGUCAGAACCUGCACGCAUUUAUAAUUGUGAUGAGUCAGGAUUUUCUGGUAAGCUGAAUCCUUCAAGAAAAGUUAUAGUACCAAAAGGAAUAAGGCAUGCUUAUCAGUCUUAUGUUAUGUUAUCAGGGCAUGUAACAUUAAUAAAUGCAAUUUCUGCCAGUGGACAAACAACCCCUCCUAUGUUAAUAUUCUCUCAGUGUCUUCCAAGAGACUGCAAUGAUGGCUUACCAGAUUCUUGGCAGCUAAAGUCUACUGAAAAGGGAUUUGUUAAUUCCCAAUUGUUUAUAGAGUGGUUUGAAGGGUGUUUUGUUCCAUACAUAGGAGCCCGUCGGCCUGUACUUCUUAUACUUGACAACCACGCAACCCACACUUCUAUGGAAUUUGUAAAUCUUGCUGCAAAAUAUAAGGUUGAUCUUCUGUACCUUCCGGCACACACAUCCCAUCUAUUACAGCCACAAGAUGUUGGUUACUUCCACAUACUGAAGCAGCGAGUGGCAGAGCUUUCCUUGCAACUAGGGUAUCUUGGUGUAAGGACACUACCCCGCAAUCUGUUUGGCAAAAUAUUACUCCAAGCAUUUAACCAGAUAAAUGGUGCUACUGUAUCUGCAGCCUUCAAAUGUACUGGGAUAUACCCAUUUAAUAAGAAUGUGGUAAAAGCACUGUUGCCUGCCACUAAAGAACAAUCCAAUACCCAUCAGCCAUCCACAAGUGUAGCAGGUCAGCAUGAAUCAGCUAGCAAAGAAAAUGCCCUGAUUAAACUUGGAAUUAUAUCAGCUGACCUUGCUCACAUAUUAGUUGAACCACCAGCUCCCAAGAAGGCUGCUGUAACAAAACGUGCCACUUACAAGCAUGCACGUCUGCUGAAGAGCAAUAAGACUACUAUUGUACAAGAUACAGCACAAGAUCCUGAAAUUGAAGAAAGUAAUUCUGAAGAAUUCAUGGAAAGGGAUGAUGGUAUCUGUGUUGUUUGCAUGGUUGGUCAUAUAGACGGUUAUAUCUGGGUAGGGUGUGACGCAUGCGAUAAAUGGUAUCACAGGGAGUGUUUGCCAAGCUCUGUUCAAGCACUGGUAGAUUUGAGUCUCAUCACUGGAUCUCAGUGGGUGUGCAGAUUCUGCCAGGAAGAAUAAAACUCAUGCUGUGACUAGUCUGUAAAUAUGUUAAACGUUGAAAGUUAAACAGUUUUUCUAAAUACAUUCACUGUUACUAUGUGUUCUUAAAGUUUCAAAUACGUUCAAAGUUACAUGCAUAUAAUAAGUAUCUGCCAAUAACAUUUCCAGUACUGUAUCUUUUGCUUCUGAUGUUCAUGAACAGUAAAAAAAUAAUAAGACUUGGACUUUUAUAUGUUUUGUGGAUACUUACCCUACCCAGAAUACCUGAAAUACAUACUGAGAAUGGUAAGUACAAUUUAGUACAUAAUUGAAUCCUCUCUUAAAUAAUUCAUUUCUAUUUUUUCCACAUUUCCUUUAAAUAUAAACUCCAAAUUUUGUCAUACAAGUACUAUUUUAAAUAAUUGUUUACAUUAUCAUGUCAAAAUCAACUGAUCGACGACGUGUCCAUUAUCCUAAGAAAAUUUGAGAUUUGGUGGUCUAUGACCUAUGUUGUUAUUGUUAUGUUUAAUGGUUGCUCCCCAGCUUAAAAUAUGACGUUUUACAAGAAGAAUGUCUGGUGAUAUUUUUCAACGGAAAAUAUUACUCAUACGAGGCAAGUUUAAUUUGUUGGGUGUAAUUUUACAAUAAAAUUGAUCGAGGACAUGUCCACUGA